AGCGGCUCCCCGCCGCUCCGUCGCCGCUCGGCCAGCCGUGUGGGCCAGCCAUGGCGAGCGAGGACGCGCCAACCUGGGGAGACGAUAUAUGGCCGGAUGACGAGAAGGUGCGGACCGUUGCCGGAAAGGCGUACGAGCCCUGGAAGUCCUGGGAUGAGUGCUGCGGGCAGUGGAAGUUCCCUCAGGGGCUGAUGCAGUUCCUGGCCAACGCAGGCUUCAAGUACCCGACGCCCAUCCAGGCGUACACCUGGCCGGUCCUGGUGGAUGGCAGGGACGUCAUCGGCGUGGCCAAGACCGGCAGCGGGAAGACGCUGGGCUACCUGCUGCCAGGGUACAUCAAGGUGAAGAGGGCCGAGAUGGACCAAGCCAUGACGUGCGACCACAGCAGCGGUCCUGCCAUGCUUAUUCUUGCGCCCACGCGAGAGCUGUGCCAGCAGAUUUACGAGGAGAGCGACCGCUUCGGCAAGCCGGCACAAAUCGUGACG